AUGAAAUCAUUACAAGAAUUAAGAUUAGUUACCAAAGCAGAAAAAUUAGGUGAAGAUACAUUAGCUGCUAUUAUUAUGAUUUUAAAAUCUCCAGCAGCUGAUAUAACAUGGCAAAAAGGUGCGAUAAGACAAUUAGCUAAUCUAUAUAGAUUUAUUAAAGAAACUCAAUUAUUUCAUAAAAUUAAUUUGACAGAAGAAUAUAUUAAUUUCAUCAGUAUAAUUAUUGAUAAUGUUCAACUUGAAAAUACAUCACUUUAUAAAUGGAUUAAACGAGUUUUACAAUAUCAUACAGUUUUACUUAAAAAAGUUCGACCAAUACAUGAAAAAUAUAAAGAAAUUGAAGAAGAUGAAAAAUUAAUUUUAUUAGAUAAUAAAAGUCAAGCAUUAGAAGCUCGUUUAAAAGAUCAUUUACAACAAGAUAGAGAAAUGACUAUUGUUUUUGAUCAAAUAUUAAGUAUUAAAGAUCAAAUUAUAAACUGGCAAUUAGAUCCUAUUAAAGAGAAUUCAUUACAAAUAAUUGACAGACAAAAACCAUUUAGUGGACCUGAUAAUAUCGUCAAAUGUUAUUUUCUUUGA